AUGCCCUCCUACUUCCAACAUCAGUCUCUGCAUCGUCUCUCAAACCCCGCCUCAGGUACCGCGUUGUCAGUGACCUCGACACCCGACGCCGACCUCUCAAGCGCACUCGGUAUGCUCGCGAUGCAAGACCCCUCCGUUCCGACACCUGGCAAGUGCCAUAUCGAUAGAUGCGCCGUCGAGACUCUGAUACAAGUGGCUGAGAGUCUGGACUACAAGGGUCUAUGUUCGUUGGCACGCGCCUCGAAGCGCUACACCGAGGCUGCGCAAGAUGUCCUCUACCGCGUUGUCGACCUUCGUCCAGCCUACGACGAUUUGGAACACGAGUCUACGUUUGGCCGCCCCACCAAGUCUGGUCUCGCAGUAUUUCUCUGGACUAUCAAACAAAAGCCUCAUCUGGCGACCAAAGUCCAGGACUUGUGGUUCCUGCCGCGUUCGACACAUGUCAAGUAUCCACAGCUAAUGUAUUCCGGCGUGUCGCCCGUCUGCCUAAUGAUCAAGCCUGGAAGCUAUGUAGUCAAAGUGAGUGAGAAUGAACUCGCUUGCGAUCUCCUGGCUCGUCUUACCGAGUUGCGUUCUUUGACUAUUACCGCUCUAGACGACUAUACCUGCAGGACCGAGUUAGAGCACCCUGGUCGUCCGGUACGUGAAAUCAACAAGGACAUCUUCGGAAGACUCCCAGUCCCCAUACACAAGCUUGUGGAACUACCCUGCUUCUCGAAGCUUACGUCUAUCUGCCUCUCUCAUGGUCAUCUGGACUGGGCGGUCGUUACAUUACCUACGCUUCAUACCCUAUGCAUAGGCAUCAAGGCCAAGCUACUGAGACCGAGCAACACUGCAAAAGCUCCCAAUAUCACAUCGCUCACACUGGAAAUGGAACCUGGAGCUCCGAACAACGACUUCGUGGGAGCGAUCAUCUUCCUCAUUCAUCUCCCAAACAUCCAUACAUUGACUUUGGGUUCUUAUCUGCGGGACUUGGGUCACCCCAAAUUUCCUCGGAGUACUGUAGACCAUUUCGGCUGUUCAGCCUUCGGAAAUACUGGCUGCUUCAGCCCAGAGGCUGUGCAGAUGUUGGUGUGCCACGCACGCUCAGUCGAGAAACUGACGUUCACGUACACAGAGCCUGUACAUUUCGCCGACACCUCAACUACUCGCUUGGACGUUCGUGAGUUUGAACAGCUACGACGAAUACAGAUUGCUGAGUGUGGCCUGGUGGAUAGUCACAACUUCCAGCGUCUCGCUGGAUCCGAUCCGUCUCAGCUGUUACCUCGUCGCAUUCGAACUCUAGUCAUCACCCAUCCUAGGUCUCCAGGGCCAGAUGACGGGGACCGCAAGUCAAAGCUCGCGAGCUGGCUAGGAGAGCUGACGAAGACCGACUUUCCAGACCUGGAACGAGUUGAGGUUGUGUGUUCAGUUGGAUAUGGAGAUGAUAUUGGGUUCAAGCAGCGUCUUGAGCAGUCUGCAGAAGUUCGCUUCCUCGAGACUAUCGGUGUGGCAGUGGUGGUAAGGAAGGAGUGA